GGGGAUCACAAGACUUCAGCUGAAAGAGAAUGUGUUGUUCCAUACUUCAUGUACGAGUGAACUAUACUGUUCUGGGCGUUUUGAUUCGCAUGCGCGUGCAAUAAUAACGAAAUCGCGUGCAAUUGUUUUGAAAAACGCCACGCCAUUUUGUCAAAGAAGCCCUCCAUUUCCAUUUCUCGGUGGUUCCGUUUGCACAAGGAUCUACCUCUUGACUUGAAUAUUACUGGAGUGAGGUCAGCAUUGCAUGACUCAAUCGUGGAUAAGCAUGCAGUCAUUUCUCUACUGUUGCAUUGGACCUGGCUGUUGUUCUUAGGGCGACCUGAAAACAAACGUAGAAAAUAGCAAGCACGGUUGUCUCCAAUGAAUGAGCAACAAGUUAACCUAAAGACUUCUCAACCCAGCUUGACAUCUCGGGAGCGGAAAAGUUGGCAGUGAAGAAAAAAGCAAAUGGACAUGUUUGAACUACAUCGUACUGAAACUAUUAUUUCUGAACAGGAGAUGCUGCAGUUUUUUCUUUUAAAGCUUACCUGCAUUCCUACCAUGCUGAGUAGGUUUGGAUGACCAUUAACUGUCAUUAAACCAAUCAAGGGUUCUUUGUCAAGGGCGAUACUCUUAAGACUCUUCAUUAAACCAGAGACAACUUUGUGUGGUUUGGGAAAUUGAACUCCUGUCUCCUUAACCUCCCACUCCACCACUCCCCAGAAUCUAUAUUCAUGAAAGUCAUGAGUUUGCAACCUCAACCGAAACCAAACGCAAAGAGAACAGGCAAGCGCAUCACUUUCUUUAACGAUCAGGGUGUGGCGAUGAAAGAGGCCUCUCAGCAUGCAGAGCCCUACUAUGGCAUUGGGGUCCCUCCCUCAGGGCCAGGCCAUAAUGACAGUGGAGGUGUGGAAAACCUGAAUACAGAAGCAACACAUACGUACCACAAUUCUGUCAUUUUCAGCCCAGAGAAGAGUGAUCAAAGCCGUGGGCACUACCAACAGAUGAUGCCCAUGAAAUGGUCACACCAAGACCCAUCUUUGCAGCCCCAACAGCGACCAAACAAUUGGUCACAGGGUAUGACCGCUUGGUCCCAGAACUUUGGCCCUUACCUGGGGGCUCAGGCUGCUUAUGCGAAGCAGAUGCAUGAGGGCAUGUUAGUACAGCAACAGCAGCAGCAACCUGAGUCAUCGACUAUUAGGGUAACUGAAAAACAAGUGGCUAACAUAAGUGGAGAAACCUUUAGGGAUUCGACCAAAUCUGGCCGAGGCAUGGACUGGGAACAGCAGCAGGCCUUUCAGCAAACACAAAAGCCUGGAAUGUUAAAUCCGCAGCAGCACGGACAGUCCAACCCUGGGAAUUCUGUGCUGCAACCCUUUCAGUUAGCUUUCGGACAGCCCAAGCAGAACUUGGUAGCGGGAUACUAUCAGGUAGUUCAGGGCAAUCGGACCUUGCCGAAUUUGAAUUACAAUACACAGACAAAUUCCCAACUACAGCAGCAACUACAACAACAGGAGCAACAGCAAAAGCUGCAGCGGCAAAUAGUGUUCCAACAGCGGCAACAGCUGGAACAGCAGAUACGACAACAGGUGCAGCAGCAGCAGCAGCAGCAGGUACUUCACCGUCAAAAACAGCCACAACAGAUAUCACAAUCACAGUUGCAGCAACAAGCACAGCAGUUAAAACAUACUCAGCAACAGCAACCGCCACAACAUAUGCAACAGAUUCAACUUCAACCAGACUUGGUGCAGCAGCAGCAAAAAUCUGAGCAGCCUCUUCAAAACCAGCAUGUUUUGGAAAAUUACUCUGAUGGCCAGCAGCCACAUGCUUCUUCACUUGAUCAGCAUCAGCCCUCGUUACCAGGACAGUCCCAAGAGACAACUGAUCCCCCGUCAACACAGACUCAAGACUCCGUUCCUCAGCCUCCCUCAACUGUUCCCCAGCAAUCCAUCGAGACCCAACAGCCUGGGCCCCGGAGAUCACGUCGGCUUUCAAAAGAGGGUGGAGGCCCUGCCUCGGAUAACCCAUUUGUCAUGCCGACUGAUCUCCACACCCAAGGCUCUCAGAAUGGUGCUUCUGAGACCAGUACGGUGCAAGACAUCCGGGCCGCUCCAACAGGUGUAAUCCAGAGCACACGACGUAAGAGGAGGGUGUCGCAAGAGGUCAACCUGGAAACUUUGGCUCAGAAGGCUUCGGAAAGAGAAUCUCUUCCCUCACGUAGUGUCAAGCAAGAGCCACACAGGCCCUGGAGCCCCCCUGUUGCCCCAACAGGUCCAGGUCGAGGGGCAGCUGAGGUGGAUCAGGUGAGUGCCAAGCGGCCCAGAGAUGACAGCCUCAUGCCAUUGGUCAUUCCAGUCUCUGUGCCAGUGAAGCAGACUGAUUCCUUGUCCCCGGAUCAUGAGCAAGCCUCCCUCUCAGCUAGUUGGCCUUCACGGCCUUUGAGCACCCAUGACAUGAGCUGCUCCGAUUACAAGACUUCUGUGAUUGUCACUCGACGACGUUCACUGAGGAACUCUCUGUCUGAGAGCUCGGGCCAGAACGGUGGAGCAGAGAGCGGAAGUGAAGCUGACUGCAAAUCGGCCAAAGCCAAACGACGUCCUCGUCCAGAACCGCUCUUUAUACCCCCACCCAAACUUGGAACUUUUAUUGUCCCACCAGUCUACACCACUAUCACACCUUACCAGAGCCACUUACGUUCACCUGUCCGAUUGGUCGACAACCCCCUAAACAUGCCACCUUACACACCCCCACCCAUCCUCAGCCCGGUUCGAGAGGGUUCGGGUCUUUACUUUUCCACCUUCCUGUCGGCCGCCGCCGCUGCAGCAGCGAAUAAUCAGGGGCUGCCCCCACCUGCCACUCCCAAAUCUGCCACCCGUAGCCUCCUGCGUUCCAACAGCAGUGAUAUAACCCCACCAAUUCUCUCUGCUAUGAGUGAGGCUACACCUGUCAGCAUUGAACCUCGGAUAAACAUUGGAUUGCGGUAUCAGGCGGAGGUUCCAGAGCUGAGAGAGCGCUCAGCAGCGCAGCACGACCUACACAAGGCUGAACUGGUGUGGGCGCCACUGCCUGACCUGGAGGCCAAUACUGUGCAACUGCAAAGAGUGGAUGACCUCAUGCACCUGGCGUGCUCGAGUGCGUUGCACGCAGGAGGGACCAAUCAGGAACUGGCCUUGCACUGCCUAUAUGAAUGCAAGGGUGACGUCAUGGGAGCCCUCACCCUUCUGUUGUUGAAAAACCCCAUCUUUCCCAAAGCGCACCCUCUGGCUGGCUACCACUACUCUGGCUCUGACAGCUGGACGCCAGAGGAGCGACGUUUAUUCAACAAAGGCAUUACUGCCUACAAGAAGGACUUUUUAAUGGUCCAGAAACUGGUGAGCUCCAAGACAGUGGCUCAGUGUGUGGAGUUCUACUACACGUAUAAGAAGCAGGUGAAGAUCGGCAGGAACGGAACACUCGUAUACGGAGAAGCAGAGCCACCAGAGACUAAACCCACAGAGGAGGAAGUGGACAAUAAAAGUUCACAGAAAUUCGAAUCACGGAAAGAAGACGAGGAGUUCAGGAAGUGGGAAGGGUCAUGUGACAGGAAACGAGAAAACAGCCCGGGCAGGGUGACACAAUCGCUACAGGCCACUGAAAAUGCUGCUGCGAUCUUGGUCUUAAGAAGUCAGGAAGACAGCACUAGAGAUCCGUCCACGUUGAGGGUCAGUCAUCCUCCUCCUCCACCACAACCAACAUCUAAACCCCGCUCUGACACCACAGGCCGUAAAAGCACUGGCAAUACAGGAAAGGGACAAACGAACCAAGAGGGUGAAUUCCCCUGCAAGAAGUGUGGCAGGAUCUUCUAUAAAGUGAAGAGCCGCAGUGCCCACAUGAAGAGUCACGCCGAGGCGGAGAAAAAGGCAGCUGCGCUCCGACAGAGGGAGGCCGAGCAGCAGGCAGCAGCCGCCUUGUUGGCCGCCCAGCAGAACGGAGCGAUGGGGGAUCAGAGCAGAACGAGGAGAGCCAGCAGCGACGACUCCUCAGAGGAAGAGGAGGAUGCAGAUGAUGAAGACUGGCACUAGCUAACAAUCUCUUUCGUAUGGCUGAGAAAAAAACCUAUUUAUUUUUAUUUUAACAGCCAACAAGACCCAUCCCAAAAGAACAGUUUCAGGGACUGGCUCACUCCCGUAGAGUGUUCGUGCGAGUGCGUAUGUGUGUUACGUGUACAUGAGACGGACAAAGAUGGAGACCGAUGCUGUAGAAGCAUUCAGGGGCUUAAUGUUCAGAUAUAGGGCUAUUGGGAGUGUAAGCCAUGCCAUCUCAGUGUGAAUGUGUGCGUGUGUGUUUGUGUGUGUCUAUAAUAUGCACUUUUGGACUUAUCCUACACACACUGAUCUGACCGCAGCACAUCUAUCCAGUGUCUGUGCACAGAACUCACUCACUGUUCUCCCGUGAAACGAACCAUUAUGGAUUCAGUGCUGUGGAUGUAGAAGGACACAGAAGCAAGUGUGUGUGUGUUUAGUCUUUUCCUCCUUUUUCGAAAUGAAAACGAUGGUAUCUUUCUCUUCCACGUGACUGCCAAACGCUUGCACAAAUGUGCUUGUACGCCUGGUCUUGAUCUCCAGUGCUGUAAUUUUGGGCUUUCUGUUAUGAGUAUUUCAAAGGUGAAGUUGAUCCGAAAUGGAAAAUUCUGUCAUUUUCUCACCCUCGUGUCAUUCCAAACGUUUUUUUUUUUUUUCAGAACACAAAAUGAGAUGUUUAGCAGAAUGUUUGUGCUGUUCUUUCUCAAAGGUUGCCUAAGGGCUUUCAGUCUUUAAAAAGGACAAAUUAAAAAAACAUCAUAAAAGUACGCCAAAGAACUAUUAUGCUAUAUUCCAAGUCUUAUGAAUAGGUUUGUCAAAGAAAUAGAAUGACAUCUUGACUCAUCUUAUUUAAAACAAAAACUGGUAAUACUUUACAAUAAGGUGUCAUUUGUUAACAUUAGUUAAUGUAUUAACUAACAUGAACAAACAACACAUUUAUUACACUAUUUAUUAAUCUUUGUUAAUGUUAGUUAAUAAAAAUACAGUCGUUCAUGUUAGCUCACAGUGCAUUAACUAAUGUUAACAAACACAACUUGUGAUUUUAAUAAUGCAUUAGUAAAUGCUGAAAUAAACAUUAACUAAGAUUAAUAAAUGCUGUAGAAGUAUUGUUCAUUCUUAGUUCAUGUUAACUAAUGUAGUUAAGUGAUGAACCUUAUUGUAAAGUGUUACCCAAAAAGUGUAUUUUCUUUAAGUGAUAUAAAGUAGGGCUGUCAAAUCGAUUUAUCACGUUAAAUAAAAGUUUGUUUACAUAUAAUAUAUUUACAUAAUAUGUGUGUGUGUGUGUGUGCUGUUCGUUUUUUGUGUAUAUAAAUACACACAAACACACACACAUGUAUAUAUUUUAGAUGUGAUUAAUCGAUUUUAUAUAUAUAUAUAUAUAUAUAUUAAUAAUUACAACAGCAUGUAACAAGUAUUUGCACUUUAAUUCAAACUAUAAAUAUAAAAAUUCAAAAUAUUCAUAAAUAAAAUACAUAUAUAAAAGCUAUGGUGGUAGUUUUAGUGAAUAAUGACUUAUUUUUAAAAAUGACAUCAAAAGGCUGUAUACAGUGCAUGAGUUGUAUGGACAUUUAUGGUGCUUUUUUUAAAUGAUUGAAGCUUGACAGCUGCCCUAAUGCUACUAUAUACUUUCAUUUCAUGAAAACAUUCAGCUUGAACAUUCUACUUAACAUCUCCUUUUGGCGUUCAUCAUAUAGAAAGUCAUACAGGUUUGGAAAGACACGAGUGUGAGUAAAUGAUGCCAGCAUUUUCAAUUUUGAAUGAACUCUUCCUUUAAUUAAAACGGUGACCUCGCUGAUGCCUUCAAUGUUUUUGACACUUUCUAUCUUUACAUGACAAUCACUUUUACAAAAGUUCUUUUUUAUACUCCGCAGAUUAUAAUGGUUGUGCUUGAUAUAUCAUUUAUUGUUAUUAUCAUUACUGUUACUAUUAGCUUUGUACUGUUUUAUGAUUUUGUUGUUUGUUUUUUUUUCGGGGAGAGGGAAGGGGUGCAGUUCUUUUUCUCAUUUGACUUUUAGUUUUAGACAUUUGCUACCUGUGUUUAAGUGAAGAUUGAAUAUAUUUGCUGAAAGCAUGAUUAUAAAAUCACACUGUAAGUGCAAUAGCAAUAGUGGGACUUUGGAGUUCCCGCCCACUCCAUUUUUUUUUUUUUAGCAUCUUUGAACAAAAGUAUUAGAUAAUCAACUUAGAUUUUAGUGUAAGAACAAAUGUGAGAUGUGAUGGUUGGUGAGUUUAAGGGCGGUUUGCGAGCAGCUCGGGUUUCUUUCUAUCUACUGGCCAAACACUUAAGCACUUGGCUUUGUCUCCAUGGCAACAAAGAGUCUUCUUUUAAAGGAUAGGCACACGGGGGAUUCACAGCCAACAGUAACGGCUCCAAUUAUUGCUAAUAACACAGAAGUCUUCUAUGCAGCGUGUGUGCGCGAAUGCAUGUGUGUUUGUGUUUAUUUGCAUGGGUGUGCAUGCGUGGUUGUGUGUAGUUCAUGCACCAAUAUUCAGAACUGUUUCAAACUCAAAGCCAAGUGAGAAAAAGAAGCUUCCUAGACUAUUUAAUGUCUUUUUAUUUUUAAAAAUAUAUAUAUAUAUAUAUUAUAUAUACUUGUUCAUAUAUGUGAAAAGACUGAUUUGCUCUAAUAUGAAGAUACGGGAAUUUGUCAAUGAUUUAGCCGAGCUUUUUGUUAUUCUUGUUGUUGUUGUUGUUAUGAAUAUUGAAAUUAAUUUGAGGAAUGUCGUAAGAGUGCACCUCCCGUUUCUCUCUUUCAUUCAGCCAAGGGAAAUUCUUCUGUAGAGGAAUAUAAAAUAUGAAAAAGGCUUCUAAAACUGUAUGCACACUUUCUAUGCUAUUUUCAUAGGGGCUUGUACACUAAUGAUGGCUGUGGAAAGAACUCUGAAGUGCUUUUUACUACAGUAUAACUUAUUGUGUUUCAGUUGUGUUUUUAUCAUGUGUUUUAGAAUAAUAAAUAAGGAAAAAAACACAAUAAACAUGACCAUAUUUGUAACAGUA